AUGGUCCACUACACCCGCAACUCCGCGGGAUUCGGUUCGGGCGGAAACACCGUCACACCCGGCGGCGGCAGCACGCUCUACGAUGGCGACGGAAAUGAUAUCGGCAAGUACGAUGGUGAUAAAUCUGUGCGCUCGGACUUAAUCACUUUUGUCUCUGACUCGCUGGAAGACGCUUUUUCGUGGAUCGCGGAGUGUGGUGGAAGUGGCUUCAGCAACUGCCACGGUGCGUACGCUACUCAGACUCAUAUUGAUGGUGAGGAGCCUACUAGUGAGACCAACUUCUAUGGCCUUGGGGAGUCUGUUGAGUCGGAUUGUACUGUUUACUUUAAUUGUUAG